AUGGCAGGUGAUGAUGAUAGAAAUUCAAUUCCAAUGGAACAUUAUGACCAACAAGAAUUACAACCACCACAACAAGAAUUACAACAACCACCACAACAACAACAACAACAACAACAAGAAUUACAACAACAACAACAACAACAACAACAAAUAUAUCCAAGUAUAAAUGAUUUAGAUUCUUCAAGAAAUAAUUCACCACAAGUACCACAUUAUGCAAGUAAGAAUUCAUUUAAUAAUAAUAAUAGUAGUAGUAAUCAAUCAUUAGAAAAAAUACAAGAAUUGGAAAGUAAAAAAGAACUUGCCUAUGAACAUUUAAGUCCAGCACCACAAUCAUCAUCGUAUGAAGAUUUAGGAUUAAAAGAUCAAGUUUUAGAGAAUGUAUUUGGUGCAACAGUACGUCAAAAGAAAGCAAGAGUACCUGAGGGAUUUAUAGUGAGUUAUACAAAAUCAGGUCAACCAUUUUUAUUAUCGGUAGAGUUACAACGUGAAACCAAUGAAGAUUUCAUGGCAGCUAAUGAACAUGCAAAAUUGAAACUACCAAUAAAUUGUGACAAUAAAGAUAUCGAGAGAGUGUAUGGCACUGGUGUUUAUUUAUACUUUAAUUUCAUUUCAUUUUGUAUUGGUGUCAAUGUAUUAUUAUUCCUAUGCGUACUCAUUAACAUGAUACCACAUUAUUACUUUGGUGCAAAGUAUGACCAUUUUAAGAAUUUCUCAAUUCAAGAUUAUCUAUUACUCUCUUUGAAUCUUCAAUCCUAUUAUCAGUCAGAGGUGAAAUUGUACUAUUUCUGGUCGACUUUUGGUUGUAUUUUACUCUCAUUUUUCAUGGGCCCCGUCUAUGCUUUCAAAAUUAAUUCAUACUUUAGAAAAUCAAAUAAAACUGAUUUCGAAGAUGGAUUCGAUGCUGAUGAUGUAAUCAUUAAAAAUGCAAAUAUACCACGUAAAGAACGUUUAGUUCGUUUUUUCAUCUCUUAUAUCAUCUUUAUUUUAUUAUUAUGUGGUUCCGCUGUACUUUGUGCUUUAGUUUUAAAAUUUGUAAAUUCUUAUAAAUUUUUUACAAAUAUUUUAACAACAUCAUUUAUUUCAGCUUGUAUUAUUAGAGUUAUAAAUGUAAUUUAUGAUCAAAUUUCAAUUUAUUUAACAAUGUUUGAAAAACAUCCAACUUGGACAAAAUUUAAAAUUCAAAAUACUUUAAAAUUAUUUGUUUUUAAAAUUGUAAAUGUUAUUAUUUUAUAUAUUCUUAGAGAUAGAAUAUUUGAAAAUAUUACUCAUCAAUCAAUUUUAGAAGGUUGUCCAUUUGUUGACGUUGGUUCUCAAUUUUUAUUUAUUUUAGUUUUAGAUUUAACUUUAUCAAAUCUUUGGGAAAUUAUUUAUAGUGUUUCAAUGGCAUAUAUUGGAAGAAGAAGAGAAAAGAGUGGUAAAAAAUCAACAGAAUCUUAUAAACCUGAAUUUGAAAUUUCUGAAGAAUAUUUGGAGAUUUUGUAUAGACAAUUUAUUGUAUAUUUAGGUUUACCAAUUUAUCCAAUUGUAACUUUAUUUGGUGUUGUUUGUAAUAUUGUUGAAUAUUAUGUUGAUAGAUUCAGAUUAAUUAGAAUUUGUAAAAAACCACAUAGAAUGCAAGGUUCUAUGAAAAAGUUUUUAUCAUUUUAUUUAUUAUUCAUCUCUUUAAUUAGUGUUGCUAGUUAUCCGUAUGGUUCAGGUUGGGUUUUAAUUCAAAUUGGUUUUAAAACUGGAAAUUUAAAUACUAAUUGUGGUUAUUUAUUCGAUGGUGAUAUUCCAGUUUCUGAUUCUUCAUCUUCAAGUACUGGAAAUGGAAUUGGUAUUAAAAUCUAA